UGAAAAUGGUUUAGUUUGUCAAAUAUUAUGCUGCUAGAAAACCUAGUUAUAAUACUAGUAAUAUCCCAAGGGAUCUCUAAAACUUUGGGACCUUCGGAUUCCGCACCACAAAUGAAUGUUGGUGAUAUACCUGAAAAUGGUCAGGCCUUUCAGAUAGUGCGAGUCAUUGAGUAUAUAGUGCCCUAUCCCUACCAAAGACCACCCAAAAUAUCUGCUAGAGGUCCAAGUGGAGGCGCCAGGGAACCCAACAGCCUGGAGAUUAUUCCAGCUGAAAUUCAAAGUCUACUUACCAGUGGACAAGCCACAACCAUUAAGCCAAAGGUCAAGCACUUUCUAAUGAGAGUCCUUUAUGAGAACAAAGUCAUCUGCAGUGGAGCGCUAAUCUCCAGUCGUCUGGUCUUGACCUCAGCCCACUGUUUUCCCAGGACCCUUUCUAAACCCCAAGCUCACUUUUAUAAACUGCAGGCCAGUCGGAGUCGCAUUUAUUCGGUGGCGAAAAUAAUACUCGAGCCCCUUGAAGACUUGGCCCUGCUGUUGCUCAAGUCUCCGCUGCAGGAUGCAUUCCUCCAGCCGAUUGAACUAUGUGACACUCCACUUCGAAGGAGUGACAAUGUCACCAUGUACAUGUCAGCCAAACAUCUUCGCUUUCUGCGCACCAAACUCAUCGCCAAUGGGAACUGCAAAAGGAGCUAUGCCCAGGAUGAGAACGCCUUCAUCACCAGGACCAUGUUGUGUGCCCUCAAUUCCAAUCGAUUGGUGGACUGCCAGACAUCCAAGGGGGAUCUGCUCCUCCAUGGGGAUCGGGUGUGUGGUGUGGACAUCUACGGACAGCACUGCUCCGAUGGAGCUGUCAAUGGAGAGCUCUAUGCGGACGUCUUCAAGGCCAGGACUCAGCUGCUGCGAUUGAUUGAGCGCUACGAAAACUGAUCGAUCGUUCUGUUUAAAAUGGUUUAAGAAUAUAUUU